AUUGCGAUCCUGUGAACAGUUAUAAGACUCGACUCCAGUUCGACGGAGCUCACUACAAUUUUUUCCCCUUUUUUCAGUUAAAUAAUAAAAUUACGAGGCAAUUUGUCGUUAAAAUGACGCCGAGAAUAGCUGUUUUCGCUAUUCUAUUAGUCUCGUGUGCUCUAGCGCAAGACGCCCCGAAAUCAGGCUCAGUGACGAGUCAGAAAAUAAGUCAAACGUGUUUCGGCUGCAUGUGCGAGGCAGCCUCGGGUUGUGACACAACCUCGGGGUGCACGGGCGACGUCUGCGGACCCUUCCGCAUCACGUGGGCAUACUGGGCCGACUCCGGCAAACCCACCCUCAACGGCGAGGCCGCCACUGCCCCCGGAGCUUGGACUCGAUGUGUCAACGAUCCAUUCUGCGCCUCUAAGGCCGUUCAAGGGUACAUGGACCAAUAUGCGCAGGAUUGCAACGGCGAUGGGGUGAUAAAUUGCGACGAUUACGUCCGAAUUCACCGCUUCGGGGGUUACGGGUGCUCCGGGCAACUCGACGCCAAGUACGAGAACACGUACAAGAAUUGUGGCAAAAAAUUCGGACUUUAAAGUCCUGCAUUUCACGAAAAUUAUGUGAAUUAAACUCGAGAUGUAACCGACAAUAUUCUCAAUCAUAAAUACUCGUAGUUAAGUGAUCAAUUAUUCAUCAGGCAUAAAUAAACAGAAUCGUUUUUUAUAAAGUAA